GGAAAACACAUUCUCCAAGUGUUUCUCUCCUCUCUAUUCAUAACCUAUUUCUCUUAUAUACAAACGCUAAUUUUUGACAUUUUCGUUUAACCUCAAGGAUCAUAAAAUAACCCCAAAGUUUUGUUAAUUUUCUUGUCUUUGAAACCUUUUAAAAUUAAGCUAAUCGAGAUGGGACUAAGGAUGUCAGAAUCAGCUAAACCCUACUUUGCAAUGGUUUGUCUUCAGUUUGGAUACGCCGGUAUGAACCUGCUCACUAAAACCGUCCUAGACCGUGGCAUGAGCCAUUACGUCCUUGUUGCAUACCGCAACGCUUUUGCCACAGCCGCGAUCGCACCUUUCGCAUUUCUCUCUGAAAGGAAAGUGAGGUCAAAAAUGACGUUUUCAAUUUUCAUGCACAUAUUUGUUCUUGCUCUUCUCGGGCCUGUGAUUGAUCAGAAUCUAUAUUACAUCGGUCUGAAACUCACAUCUCCGACGUUUUCCUCGGCCGUCAGCAACAUCGUGCCCGCAAUAACCUUUAUCCUCGCCACUCUAUUCAGGAUGGAGAAAGUGGAGAUUAGAAAAGUAAGAUGCCAAGUAAAAGUAGUGGGCACUUUAGUGACAGUGGUUGGAUCCAUAUUGAUGAUAUUAUACAAAGGUCCUUUCAUCAAUUUCUUCCGAUCUAACGUCACCACCACCACCGCCCUUUCUCCCCUGGCCGGUGAUUAUCUUAAAGCCACCGUCUUCCUCCUCCUCGCUUCCCUCUCAUGGGCUUCCUUCUUCGUUCUUCAGGCAUGGACUUUGAAGAAAUACGCAGCCCAUCUCUCGUUAUCAAGCAUGGUGUGUUUCAUGGGAACGUUACAAUCCUUAGCCUUGGCCUUUGUAAUGGAACACAAUCCUUCUGCUUUGAACAUCGGUUUUGACAUGAACCUUCUAGCUUCUGCCUACGCGGGAAUAAUGUCGUCGAGCAUAGCUUACUAUGUUCAAGGACUUAUGAUGCAGCGAAAGGGGCCUGUCUUCGUCACUGCUUUUAACCCUCUUGUCGUUGUUAUUGUCUCCAUAAUAAGCUUUUUUGUUCUCGGCCAAGGAAUAUACACUGGAGGGGUUAUUGGACUGGUUGUGUUAACGGUGGGAGUCUACGCGGUGUUAUGGGGAAAGCACGUAGACGAUGAUGGUGAUGAAAUACUACAUGAAGAUAUCGUUUUAGAAGCUGUUAAGUGUUGUAGUGGCAAUAAUGGUCAUUCGAUCAUGCCAACAAUCGAUGAAGCUGAUGAGGAUGUUGAAACUGGUAAACUUCAGGAAGCAGAGAAGGAAUCAUCGGUGGUUGUUGUGGUUUUUUGCAGUGAAAAUGUGAAUAAAACAUUUCACGAUGCUAAUAAGUAGAUGGUUUUUUUUUUUUUUUUUUUUUU